AUGAUGAACCGUUCUCCAGAAAUCCCGGAAAUAGUCGGAGGUUCACAUAAAGGUACAUCUUUUCGUCCACUUAAAUGGACAGUACCAGAACGUAAUCAAUCGGUAUAUUUAUUAUGUGUAUGUAAAUAUACAAAAUGUCCACCUAUAUGUGAUGCAACUCAUAUUGGUUUAACAAGUACAAUUCAAAAACAAAUUGAAAAUUGUCCAUUAAAACAAGAACAUUCUAAUAUUGGUGAUAAAAAGCUCUGUCAACAAUGUGGUUUUGUACCAGAUUGGUAACAGAAAUGUGUUGUUUUCUUUUUCUUGUUAUUCAUUUAAAAUAUAAGAAUACAAUUAUAAUACCGGUCUAAAAAUAUUAUUUCAAAUAAUUUUAUUUUUUUCAUCGUUGUGUAUGUGUAUUUUCUUUUUCUCUCAUUUUGGACAGUAUACACACAUAUACGUCAAAGAAUUAAUAUGAAGGAAUGCGUGGAAAAGUACGCAGAGAGAAAAAGAAAUGCAUAAAAGAUACAUGCACAUGUACAGUGUAGUAAACAUUAGAAAAAAAAAAAACCAAAAAACAAACAUUUAAAGAAAUUGAACAAAUAUCAAAAACAACAGGAAAACCCAAACACUAUGUGAGUACAUGUGUAUAGAUUGUGCAUUGUCUUAAAAAUUACAAUCAUUUGUUGCAUGUUAACUUUGAAUUUGGGUACAAAAAAAAAAAAAAACAAAAGAAUGUAUCACAAUAGUACUCUAUUUUUGCUUUGCUAUAUAGCCAUUGUUCUGUUCUGUUUUGAGUAUCACAAGGGUACGCAUAAAAUAAAACGAAAGAAAAAACAAAACCCAAAAAAAUAUCACACUGUUGCUAGAUAAAAAGAAAACAACGAGAAAGAGAUUCGGGAAUAGCAAAUAGAAAGAAAAAAAAAAAAAAAAAAAGAAAGAAGUGGACGGAUUUUGAAAUAGUAAUAAGAAAACACAUAUAUAAAUAUUGAUAUACUUGUGCAAUUAGAAAUAACCCACCCAUUUAAAACCC